CUCCUCUCCAGUUGCAGGGUGGUGUUGGGGUGGAGAGAAAAUAGAAAAUACACACGCACGCAUGCCUACUACCCGGCCGUACGGAGUCAGUGUCCCCACGUUUCCAUCACCUCCCUCUUCCUCCUCCUCUCCACUAUAUAAACCCAUCAACCCCUUCUCCAUCUCCAUCACCCCAAUUUUCCAAUCCAUUUUCCCUCUCUUUCUCUCCUUCCAAUCACUGUCUACCUUACUCACAUACACACUCCAUUGCAUUGCACAUAAAAAAAUUUAAAAAAAAAAAAAACUAAAAUGGCAGCAGCAACAACAGCACUAUCUUCUUCAUCAAUUUCCAUGCUAGACUCGAGCUUGGAGGUAGACAAGCUCACCUCCGAGAUCUUCUCAAUCCUCGAAACCAAAUUCCUCUUCGGAUACGAAGAUCCCAAGCUUUCUCUCCCCCAAAUUCCUCUCCAAGACAUGAGAUCCGGCAAGCACGUCACCGGCAAAGUCCGCAUUCUCUCCAUCGACGGCACCGCCGCCACCGACGGCGUCCUCGCUGCCAAGUCCCUCUCUCACCUCGAAUCCUCCCUCCGCCUCAAAUCCGGCAACUCCAACGCCCGCAUUUCCGACUUCUUCGACGUCGUCGCCGGCUCCGGCGUCGGUGGCAUCCUCGCCGCCCUCCUCUUCACCUCUCGCGGCGGCGGAGCUCCGAUUUUCACCGCCGAUGAGGCGUUGAAGUUCGUGACGGAGAAUAGGAAGAUGAUUUUCCGGUCGAGCUCUGGCGGGGUUCUCCGGCGGAUGUUCCGGCGAUCGAAGAACGAGAAGAAGAUGUUUCGGAAGGUUUUCGGAGAGUCGACGUUGAAGGACACGGUGAAGGCUGUUUUGAUCCCCUGCUUCGACCUCACCACGCGAUCGCCGUUCGUGUUUUCGCGCGCGGAUGCUGUGGAGAUCGACGGCUAUGAUUUCAAGAUGGCGGACGUGUGUUUGGCCACGUCGGCGGAUCCGACGGUGGUUGGGGCGAUUGAGAUGAGCUCGGUCGAUCGGCAGACUAAGAUCGCCGGCGUUGGUGGUGGUGUUGUGAUGAAUAAUCCAACGGCUGCGGCUAUUACGCACGUGCUUAAUAACAAGCAGGAGUUCCCAUUUUGUAAUGGUGUGGAGGACCUCAUUGUAGUGUCUCUCGGAAACGGAGAGUCAGAUUUCGGUGCAGGAGAUCUGACGUCAUCGCCGGCGAGACGGGCGGUUCAAAUUGCCGGAGAAGGAGCUUCCGACUUGGUUGAUCAAGUUGUUUCUAUGGCAUUCGGUCAGUCUAGGACGAGCAAUUAUGUUCGAAUUCAAGCAAAUGGCAAUGGAAAGUUUGGCAAAAAGUUUAACAAUAGCAGUAUCGGAGACAAGAAAAACUUGUUGAGUCUUGCGGAGGAUAUGUUGGCGCAAAAAAAUAUUGAGUCGGUGUUAUUUGAAGGGAAGAGGUUAGCGGAGAGCACGAAUUUGGCGAAAUUAGAAGUUUUUGCCGGAGAGCUAAUCAAGGAGCAAGAGAGGAGAAAGACUAGUAUUUUACCCACUGUGGCAUUGAAACAGGGCUCACCAUCGUCGCCUAGAACAUCCUCUGCCACUACCCUAUCGACAACUUCUUCUUAUUAAUCAUCAACUAAAUUGGUCAAAAAUUGUCCUCCUCAAUUUGUUUAGUCAGGAUUAUAUAUAUGUAUGUAUUUGCUGGCUGCCACUCGUGAUGAAAUUAAGACAUCUAGAGUAUGUGCUGACUGCUAAGGUUUUUUUUUUUUUUUUUAUAAUUAAUAUUUUGGUUUGAGAUGAGUGUAUAUUUUGUAAAAUAGGUUUGAUGGUGUAUAUGGAGGAACUUCAGAACUGGGUGUUUUUUAUAAUAUAAAUAUUCAAACAUUUAAAGCUUCCAUUUC